AUGCCGGGCGAACAAGAUAACCGGAAAAUCCUGGCCGCCUGCCGCGAUGGGGACCAGCAGGCAUUGGAGAGCCUGCUCCAGGAAUUCGACAUCGGCCCCGACCACUGCCAGAUGUGGAUGGACCGGUCCGUCCCGGAGGAGCAGCAGACGCCUAGAGUCUACGACAUGCUCGCGGCUGCCAUCCGAGGACAGCAGCUAGACAUUGUCAAGUUCUUGUUCUCAAAGUUCCACAACACCAGUCUGGGAACCCUGCUGGGCCUGGCCAUCCAGACGGGCAACGUCGAGUUUGUCGAGAGCCUGGUCAGCAUCGACCCCGAGUCAGCCGAUGCGGAGGAUGAUUACAGGACUAUUCUCGUCGACGCCUUGACCUCUGGGGACGAGAAGAUGGUCGGCAUCUUGCUAAAGGCCGGAGCGGACCCCAACAGGCCGGCCUGCCGGGCGUUACCGUGGAAUGUCGCGUAUUACGCCGUGACAGGGGAGAAGCCAGCGUCGAUGUUCGAGGUGUUCUUCGACCAUGGGUAUUGCGUUGAUCAUUGGACUCUCCGUGAGGCGGUAGAACGAGAACGUCUGGAAGUAGUCGAGGUGCUUCUAAGGAGAGGUGAGACUCUUCAUUUACGGCAGGCCACUCCGAUGAAGGAGCUGUUGAGCCUGGCCGAGGAGAAUAAAGACUGGGAGAUGGUUGAGAUGAUCCAGAGAAUGCAUCCGGACGGGCAAAAGCGACCGGGGAAGGGUCUUGUGGACAAGAUUUCCAAGCUCUUUCAGUCAAAAUGA